AUGGUUGAAGAAUUUGGUGCAGUUACUGAGUUCCGAGGGCACUUGUCAAACACCGCGAAAGACGAUACAGGUGUUGAGGCUACUACUGCUGCUCCACGCUGCACUGAUAAAAGUAUGUGUGAACUUUCCGGCCAUGAUCUUUGUAGCGGAUUUCUUUGUAAUGGUACUCUUCGUUGUUGGUGCCUCACAGUUACCGCCAUCGCCGGUUUGGGAUCCAAUGAAUCCGGCUUGGAUGGUAAGCUGAAAUUUAAGCGACGCUUGGGAUUACAGUGA